AGGCUCACUUGUUCCCGUCUUUAAUGUGCAAUCUGUUUUCUCCAGCGGAGGGCACUCAGUGUAUCACAAACUCAAGCAUUAGCACCAACAAGCUCUGAGCAUCAUCAGUCUCUGGAAAGCCUUCUGAAUUAGACAAGGGCUGCCUCUCAGCACAGCUACCAAACGCUUUAAACCUGACCAGCUAAAUGGAUAAACCUAGCCUGCAUAGCUUUUAAACUGGGGUCUCCUACAGCACAGGAGGCCUACUUGAUUCAAGAACUGGAAAUCCAGACAAUGAAUUGCUUUAUCUGGGAAUGGCAAAAGCCAGCACAAUAAGGAAUGCCAGUUUGCAUGGAGCUACUAGCUUACAUGCGGGAUCAGGAUGGUGUGAAUGACAACCGCACGAUGACAUGAAGGUGGUGAUGAUUUCAGCAAGAAAGACCAAAUAAGAAGAAAGCUGAGAGAGGGGGAAACGUUUUUGGAUGACAAAGGAUGGGUUUCCAUUUAAUUACACAGCUAAGAGGCAUGAGUGUGGUGCUCGUGCUGCUUCCUACACUGCUGCUUGUUAUGCUCACGGGGGCUCAGAGAGCUUGCCCAAAGAACUGCAGAUGUGAUGGCAAAAUUGUGUACUGUGAGUCUCAUGCUUUCGCAGAUAUCCCAGAGAACAUUUCUGGAGGGUCACAAGGCUUAUCAUUAAGGUUCAACAGCAUUCAGAAACUCAAAUCCAAUCAGUUUGCCGGCCUUAACCAGCUUAUAUGGCUUUAUCUUGACCAUAAUUACAUUAGCUCAGUGGAUGAAGAUGCAUUUCAAGGGAUCCGUAGACUGAAAGAAUUAAUUCUAAGCUCCAACAAAAUUACCUAUCUGCACAAUAAAACAUUUCACCCAGUUCCCAAUCUCCGCAAUCUGGACCUCUCAUACAAUAAACUUCAGUCACUGCAAUCCGAACAAUUUAAAGGCCUUCGGAAGCUCAUCAUUCUGCACUUGAGAUCGAACUCACUAAAGACUGUGCCGAUAAGAGUUUUUCAAGACUGUCGAAAUCUAGACUUUCUGGAUUUGGGUUACAAUCGUCUUCGAAGCUUGUCCAGAAAUGCUUUUGCUGGCCUCUUAAAGUUAAAGGAGCUCCAUCUGGAGCACAACCAGUUUUCCAAGAUCAACUUUGCUCAUUUUCCACGUCUCUUCAACCUCCGCUCAAUUUACUUACAAUGGAACAGAAUACGCUCCAUUAACCAAGGUUUGACAUGGACUUGGAGUUCCUUGCAUAAUUUGGAUUUAUCAGGGAAUGACAUCCAAGGAAUUGAGCCGGGCACAUUUAAAUGCCUGCCCAAUUUGCAAAAAUUGAAUUUGGAUUCCAACAAGCUUACCAACAUCUCACAGGAAACCGUCAAUGCGUGGAUAUCAUUAAUAUCCAUCACCUUGUCUGGAAAUAUGUGGGAAUGCACUCGUAGCAUUUGUCCUCUAUAUUAUUGGCUUAAGAAUUUCAAAGGAACUAAGGAGAGCACCAUGAUAUGUGCAGGACCUAAGCAUAUCCAGGGUGAAAAGGUCAGUGAUGCCGUGGAAACCUAUAAUAUCUGUUCUGAAGUCCAGGUGGUUAACACAGAGAGAUCACACCUGGUGCCCCAAACUCCCCAGAAGCCUCUGACUGUCCCUAAACCUACCGUCUACAAACCUGACAUCACUCAUCCCACCCUUGACACACCAAGCCCUUCCCCGGGGUUUCUGAUUCCUGGCACAGAGCAAGAGUACGAGCACGUUUCAUUCCACAAAAUCAUUGCAGGGAGUGUGGCUCUCUUUCUCUCCGUGGCCAUGAUCCUCUUGGUAAUCUAUGUGUCUUGGAAACGCUACCCAGCCAGCAUGAAACAACUUCAGCAACACUCUCUAAUGAAGAGGCGACGGAAAAAGGCCAGAGAGUCUGAAAGACAAAUGAAUUCCCCUUUACAGGAGUAUUAUGUGGACUACAAGCCUACAAACUCUGAGACCAUGGAUAUAUCGGUUAAUGGAUCUGGGCCCUGCACAUAUACCAUCUCUGGCUCCAGGGAAUGUGAGAUCCCACACCACGUGAAGCCCUUGCCGUAUUACAGCUACGACCAGCCGGUGAUCGGGUACUGCCAGGCUCACCAGCCUCUCCACGUCAACAAGGACUACGAGACCAUGUCUCCGGAGCAGGACGAAGCCCCCAGCCUAGAGCUAGGGCGCGACCACAGCUUCAUAGCCACCAUUGCCAGGUCGGCUGCUCCGGCCAUUUAUCUUGAGAGAAUAACAAACUAAUGAGAAGAAGCCAACUCCUCACUGGGGAACUCAGCGGGGGGAGGGAGGGCCUUCAUCUUAAAGGAGAAUGGGUGUCCAAAACCGCGCAAUCAAGCAAGCUCAUCAUUCCUGUUAAAACAUUUAUGAAUUAGAGAAAAACAAAAACUGCUUACGGAGGGCAGCGGAUGCACCUGCAGUACAGCCGGGAGAACUACAGAACUUUCUUUGCUUUAAAACAUAAAACAAGCGAACAAACAAAAAAUACUCCUGGAUGUAAAUAGUAAGAGUGUCAAGUUCUUAUAAAAAUAGAUGUCACUCUAGCUACAUAUAGGUUGGUUUGUAUAUUUGAUUUUUCUACACUGCAUGGUUCCUGGGCUGGAGAACCACGGGGGGUGGGGGGAGGGAGGGACUGGGGAAGGGGAACAGGCAACAAUACAGUUUUCCUUGUUAGGUGUGUGUAACUUUCACAGACUUUAUUUCAAUUGUUUUCAUUUAUUUUUCUUUGAAACAAUGUUGUUUGUUCUUGUUUGGUUUGUUUUAAUUCUACUUUUAUUUUUUUCCUGGUCAAGUGAUACUGUGUCUAACUCUAAACAUGAGCAUUAAAGCUUAUGUUGUGCCAAAAGAAAAUUUGCUUUACCACAAAACACCAAGAAAAAAGUUGACCACACCAAGUCUGACAAAACUACUGGAAUGCAAAUCCAACAAAAACUGGGUGAAUGUUCCUUCAAGACGCACACUGUUCAUAGUGUGAGGAGUUUUGAUUGGGUUCCCAUGGCUGUCCUGCACUCGGAGCUUUUGUUGUGUCAGGAGUCCAAAGGAAACCUCUGUGAAGACCUUGGAUGGAGAAGACCAGUAGUUACUCCCUUGUGGACCAGUGGGAUUAGAAGAACAACAGCCGUGUGGUCAAUGAGUGAAACUGCCAACAAAUUUCUAAAUACAAGAUGAUACGUAACAUUGCUUUAAAAAUGAAUUAUCAAUUAGUUUUUGUGUAGUUUUUAUCAAUAAAAGAAAAAA